AUGACCAGGCUCCAAGGUGCCUCUAUUGAUGACCCCGAUCUCGCGCGGUCUGCCGGCGGCAACGGACGAGCUCACAUCUAUCGGUCAAAGCUGCCACCAAAUGCACCCGAGAGUAUUACGCAGAACACUAUUGAAAUAUCGGACUCAUCUAGGGUACUACCAAGGUACCGCGAUGAGCGAAGAAGAGGAUUUAAUGGGUUGGUGAGAAGAUACAAAGCCCAACUCCUACACGGCUGUGAAGACCCUGGAUGUCAAACCCCUACCUGCGCCAGUCGCCGCCGAAGAAUCAGCGAGGGACCGUAUCGCCGCUACACCGAACUGAGUGCGCGAACCCUUGCCUGCUACCUUGCAAGCCUGGAUGAUGCGGAGAGUGGUUUGUGUCAAAAUACGCCUAAACUUCCGCCCGAAUUAAAAGCAGAGGACUACCAUCGUAUUUCAUUACGUCGAUCACGUACCCUCGAAGCGCAGAAAGCUGCGGCCCGCAAAUCCCCCAAACCGGAGGAGUUACCUGGCAGUGGCGAGGCAACUGUUGAAAGCACAAAUGAAGAUACGUCCCAGGUACGGGGCACAAGCUACAUCCAAGACCUCGACCAGGCGGCGAAACAGCAGCUCAAAGACCCCAAGUCUUUUACUCAAAAUCUCUUCGACACGAUAUCAUUGCGCAUGGUUGAAUGGCUUCCUCUUCGUCGAGCACCAGAUUCGAUUGAAUUAAAGCCUAUUCCAAUCCCGCAAACAAAGAGUGAGUCUGGCAAGACACAAGGACACGAGAAACUCUCGAACACACGCCGAAAAUCCCACGGGCGAUCCGUCCCUACGCAAAGUCAGCCUCGUACUCCAUCAUCCCGAACACAAUCUGCAGUGGAGCUCAAAUUUCCGAAUCAGCAUGUCAAACGGCGAUCUGUCCCCGAAAUUGACCACUGGCGUCAAAGUCCACGAUCAAGCCUAGAAGACAAGCGGAAGCCGGAAUUCAAUCUCAAACUUCCACCGUCAUCUGCCAAUGAAUUCCCCUGUCUACCCUCUCCUCCAGCAUUAAAACAUAGACCUCAAAAGCAUCGGGGAAGGAUCGGGGAAUCAGAAUCCGUUCCCAAGGAACGUCGCAAAACCCAACGACGUGUCUCAUGGGACAGUGAGAAGCUUUUGCAUCACGUCUCCGGCAAGGCCACCGUGAACACUGAACUUCUUCCUCUAAUGCCAGCUGAUGCCCAGUCACCCAGUGAGCGUAAAGCAAAGCACGACCGUGUUGAGCACUCGCCAGAUCAGGCGCCAUUGGCACAAACAGUUACCCAUUUCACCCCAGAAAUUAUCGAUGGCCUGUCACAAGUCAUGAUCGAGUCUGAAGAGGAUGCUGAGAGUUGGAAAGAGGAACUUGAUCGCAUGCAGUCAGCGGGAAGCUUCGAGCAACCUGACUGGCGAUAUGCGACUCUCAAACAACGUGAAGCUUUCCCUUUCGUUGCUCAAAGUACUUUUUUUGUGUUAAGUAGCCCUCGUCAGAUUCUGCGCUCCUUUGGCAAAGAGCAAACAGACAUUCUCGAGGCAAAUCGUCUUGAUGUGACAAGUGUGCAUACAUCGCUGCAGCGCUUGUUUUCUCUAUGCCCGUGGGAUAUUGCAUUGCAUAGUCUAUGGAGUAGUUUGGAUAGGAUGUUUAUUCCACCAGAUGGAUUCACCUCGGGUCGGCCAUCUCGCCGUUCGUCCCGAAGCUCGACAAUGACCGGGCCAGUCCCAGUCAUUCCACGGCGGUUGUCUGAAUCCGUGGAAGAGCAUUUGUCUGAUCCUGAUGCUGCCUACAUCACUACUAUCAUUUUAUUCGCCUUGGUAGGCUCGGUCCCAAAGAUUGACCAGGGAGCUUGGCGGGCAGUUGUUCAAAUGCGUGCCUCUGGCUUUGUUGCCUCUUUAUCGGACAUGCGCAAGCUGCCUGUCGAGUCUGCACAACAAGCAGUUGAGGUGACAGACCGAUUCGAGCAUGAGCUAGGACUUCGUUUGAUCAACCGUCUUGUGCGUGCUCUCACUGCGCGCAUAGCCUAUCAUGAAAUCUCCAAAGCGCGACAAGUCUACAGUUUGGACUUUCCCAAACAGCGAAAGAUCAGCGUGUUGGACCGUGUGAUGGAUUAUCUCAGUGAAUACCACAGUUCUCAGGAUGACACUGGCUCAAUCAACCCCUCUUCCCUCAUUGUUGAAUGGCUUCGGACACUUUUCUUGCGCGAGUGGGACGGCAACCCAGAUAUGGCUCGUAGCAGUCCGGCUGGUGGUGCUGUACAGAUUCUAGCCUCGAUGUACAAGCAAAGAAACCGACUCGGUCUGUCUGCCGAAGACUUCCACACACCCCUUCUCGCAGAGCGGCUGGACCCCUUGGAGAUGCCUGUGGCGUGGGUUGGAGGUCUUCCAAACAACCGAACAAUGCAUCUACUAUCAUACUCCUUCCUCUUCCCUCCUUCUUCGCUUGUCAUUUAUUUCCGUUCCUUGAACUAUUCAGCCAUGGCUAAAAGUUAUGAGGCUGCCAUGACCACCACGAGACACGUCACACAAACCGCCUUUGGUGCUAUUCAGAUUACAGAGGACCUUGGCCUUCUCACUCGCAUGAAAACAUCUAUGUCAACGUACCUUGUUCUUGUUGUUCGACGAGACAACAUUCUCUCAGAUGCACUAAGCCAGUUAUGGCGACGGGAAAAGCGAGAAUUGAUGCGACCGCUGAAGGUACAGAUGGGAAUGGAUGAAGGAGAAGAGGGCCUUGAUCACGGUGGUGUCCAGCAGGAAUUCUUUCGUGUGCUGAUGGGUCAAGCCUUAGAUCCGUCCUACGGCAUGUUCACAGUUGAUACCCGACACCGAGUCUCAUGGUUCCAGCCUUGUGCGUUGGAACCCUUGUACAAAUUUGAACUUAUCGGUCUGUUGAUGUCUAUUGCCAUCUACAACGGUCUUACGUUGCCUGUCAAUUUCCCCAUUGCAUUUUACCGCAAGCUGCUAGGGCUCAAGGUGAAGCAUCUGGAACACAUCCGUGAUGGAUGGCCGGAAUUGUCUCAAGGUCUAGAAACCUUGUUGUCAUGGAAAGAUGGCGACGUUGGCGAUGUUUUCACACGCACAUACGAAUUCAGCUGCGAAGUAUUCGGGCGAAUUGAGACAAUCGAUAUGCAACAAGUCGACCGUGAUGCUUUGUGGCCCAUCUCUAGCAAAAUUGCCGAACGCGGCUCUACUCCUGGGUCUAGUGCGUGGAUGGAUGUCCCAAUCUAUUGUCAGCCUACACCCACCACCAGUCCACAAUCCAUGGCUGUCGAAACCGGAACCGUAUCCAAACAUGGCUCGGAUGCUCUAUCAGUGUCAGAGUCUUCACUGCAUUUGCCCCCAGAAGAGGCCGCUCUUGUCACCAACCGAAACCGACACCAAUUUGUCAAGGACUAUAUCUUCUGGCUUACGGACAAAUCAAUCAGACCACAGUUUGAAGCAUUCCAAAGAGGUUUCAACACAUGCUUGGACCGAUCGGCUUUGUCAAUCUUCACCCCGGAAGCCCUCAAGACCGUGGUAGAAGGUAUCCAGUCAAUUGACGUGAAGGAACUUGAGAAUCACGCCCGUUAUGAGGGUGGAUUUGGUCCUGAUCAUCGUGUCAUUCGUGAUUUCUGGAGUGUCGUUCAAGAAUAUUCCGAUGACAAAAGGGCCCAGUUACUCGAAUUUGUCACUGCCAGUGACCGAGUUCCUGUCAAUGGAAUCUCCAGCAUUAUGUUUGUGAUUCAGAAAAAUGGUGUCGGCGAUUUGCGUCUUCCUACCAGCUUGACGUGCUUCGGACGUUUGCUUCUACCAGAAUACUCAUCAAGGGAGGCAUUGGCAGAGAAGCUUGACAAAGCUCUUGAGAAUGCCCAAGGAUUCGGCGUUGCCUAG